UCUUCCUUCCCAAAAAGAAAAAAGAAUACACUUUUUUGGCGUUCCGGACUUCCGGUCUCCACCGUCUCCAUACUUCCCACGAACAAUAAAAAAGUCCUCUUUUGUACCCUACUCUCGCUCGGAGCGGGCGCUUCCAUUCAACAUCGAUUCCUCGGCUGCCUGCCUCUUCUUCUCGUGGAAUUCCUUCUUCAGUUUCUUGCGUGCGACCAUCAGUCUCUUCUCCCCGCACGCGUUGGCUGGGCGGAUUCGAUGAGUUGCUGAUUGGAGCCUUGGAGGGCCGGAGCUUCACUGCCCAUGGCGCAGCCGCAGCGAGUCUACGAAGCCUGGAAGGGGAAUAAUAGGUUCUUCUUUGGUGGUCGGUUAAUAUUUGGACCAGAUGCUAAAUCCCUGCUAUUCUCUGUUGCACUGAUUGUUGUCCCAGUUGUGAUCUUUUGUGCUUUUGUUGCACGACAUCUCCGUCAUCAAUUUCCUGCACAUAAUGCAGGAUAUGCAAUUCUCGCCGUAGCAAUAGUGUUGGCAAUCUAUGUGCUUUUGCUACUCUUCAUCACCGCAGCUCAGGAUCCUGGUAUUGUACCUCGCGCGUCUCAUCCACCAGAGGAAGAGUUUCAGUACGACAAUUUAUCUCUUGCAGACACACCUGGCAGACUAGUAUUCCCUCGUGUAAAAGAUGUUAUGGUAAAUGGGGUGCCUGUGAAAGUCAAAUAUUGUGAAACUUGCAUGAUUUUUCGGCCGCCUCGGUGUUCACACUGUUCCAUUUGCAACAAUUGCGUUGAACGAUUUGACCAUCAUUGCCCCUGGGUAGGGCAAUGCAUUGGAAAGCGCAAUUACCGGUACUUUUUCCUAUUUGUUUCUUCAGCAAGUCUCCUCUGCAUUUAUGUAUUUGCUAUGUCAGCAUUAUACAUAAAGUUUCUCAUGGAUGAAGACUAUCCCACAGUGUGGAAGGCUUUGAAACACUCCCCUGCUUCUCUUGCAUUACUAAUAUACUGCUUCAUCUGUCUCUGGUUUGUUGGUGGACUCACAGGAUUUCAUACAUAUCUCAUCAGCACAAACCAGACCACAUAUGAGAAUUUCCGGUAUAGAGCAGAUGGCAGAUCUAAUGUCUAUGACCGAGGAUGUCUGAAUAACUUUCUCGAAGUCUUCUAUACUAAGGUACCGCCUUCCAAACACAGGUUCAGGGAACCUAUAAAAGAGGAAGUGCAAGCUCCGCCAGCUAACCGUGGUAGAGAGGGAGAAGAUGAGAUGGUUGGUGCUCGGACAAAAGUGGAAGAUGACCUUGAUAUAGGUGGUGAUCUCUUGAAGAUCUCACAACGACAUAAUUAUGAUGGCAUUGAUAUUGAAAUGGGAGGCACAGACCGGAAUAGUAGGGAUGAGACAAUCUCAGACUCCAAACUGAUAUGCAAGACAGAUGCACAAGUCCCUACAUCUGAAGACAAGGUACAACACCCUAUUCGGGGUCAAAGAAGUAGAAGUUGGGACCUCGUGUCAGAAGGCAUCACAGCAAGUGUUACAGCCUCCGAACCUGCACUCUCAUCUCGGAGAGAAGCUCUUUAGGCAGUUUUCAUGGAUGCUGAACAGAUGACAGUCACAUGGAUCAUUAGGCUGAUGAACUGAUUCAUUGAGGUCACACCUGCAGUGGCUGGAACAAAUGCCUUUCAUAACUUCAAUUGCUUUCAUGAGUGUUUUCCACGAUUUUUCAUGUAUGUAGCUCUGUUUGUUUUCAAAGAAGCAGGAGGCAAUUGCAGUCUUGUGUUUUCUUUUCCCGCUAGUCUCAUCUGAUGGUGUCAGUAUGAUUCUUUUUGUAAAAACACUGAUGCAGGAUAGUUAGGAUGCUACAUGUAA